AUGGCACCCUCGAAAGCGCUGCCCGCAAGCGGCGGCCGACCCGCCCAGCUGUCCAGCCGCUUCUUCGCUGGAGCGCGCCUACCGUUUCGCCUGGUCCCUCCCAGCAGCUGUGGCCUCCCGGGAGCGCACCAGCGGCGGCAGCGGCUCAGGCAGGGGCGCGGCGCGGCGGCGCCAGCGGCGGCGGCGCUGCUGCCUCCGGCGGUGGUGUUUGAUGCUGCCACGGCGCUGGUCUUGCCCUUCUAUGUGGCUAUGAUCGCCGCCCCACGCAAGCCGCUGACGCAGCGGCUCCUCGGUUCGGGCCCCGUGUUCCUCGCGGGCGCCGUUCUGUACGGCCUGCUGCUGGCGACAUGGAACCCGCUGCCGCAGCUGGCGGCGGCGGUGCAGGGCGCGGCGGCCGGAGUCGGCGGCGCGGGCGUGGCCGCCUCGCUGCGCGCCGCGCUGCCCAGCAUGCCGGCAUUCGCGGCCCUGUUCAGCACUCCUGAGAUUACGGUUCUGGCGUGGGUGCACCUGGUACUGCUGGACCUCCUGCAGGCCAGAUGGGUGUACCGGGACGGCCUGCGCAGCAACGUCCCCAUCUGGCACUCCGCCGUGCUGUGCUUCAUGGCGGCCCCGCUGGGCCUGCUGUGCCACCUGGCCACCAAGGCGGCGGUGCUACGGGGGCGGGGGCGCGGCCAGGACCAGGAGUACGUGGUGUACCGCUUCUGA